AUGCCGGUCAAUGUGAAUCCAGCGAUUCGGGUAAGUCGUAAUCAUCGAAUCUGUUACCUUGAUGUGCUCUUAUCGAAGGGAGUUCGUGAACGCGUAGUUUAAGCCUGUAUGAAACUAGUUCACGCCAAUAGUUCAGAUUUUGUGUUGUAAUGAUUAAACAAUAUUGUCACAAUGGAGACUUGCUUCUUCAAGAAGUGAUCAACGUUUUGAAUGGUUUUAUGUGAGUAUUAUGUGUAUUAUUGGUUGAAACAGUUUGCUCUAUGUCUGGUAUUAUUAAAUAUAAUCACGUUCUUUCUUGAUUCUCUCUCUUCUGGUAGUGUAGUGUAGUAGUGUAUAAUCUGUGUUCAGUGAAGGAAUAGAAACAUUGCAAACUUCAAUCCGUUUAGAGAUAUUUUGAGCAGUCAUCAAUUUAUGUUAUUAUAUUUUUCAUUAAUAUAACAGUUUUCAAGAUAUGCUGCUCUUCUCAUUGGUGUGGCAUAUGGAUACAGAAGAAAUGGUUAAGUAGUAGGAACAAUACAUAUUGCAAUGAUUUUGAAUUUCUUGGAUUUGAAUUGUCUAAAUAUCAUUCAUGGGUAAAAGUUAAUCCCAAAUUUGUAGUAAUUAUAAUUUUUUAAUACCUUCAAACCUUUCAUCCCAAUUUUCUUUAAUAUUUUUAUUUUACACGUAUUGGAAUUCCUUCUUACUUUGAUCAUAUAAAUUGUAAAAGCAUGGAGUACAGUACCAACCAUUCUUACUGGCUCAUUCUUUUUUGUGCUCCCUGCCCAAAAGUUACAAAAGCCUUCAAUAAAGGCCCAUUGUCUUGUAAACCAAAAUUACAUCCAAUUGUAAGCCCCUAUCCCCCCCCCCAAUGUUUCAUCCCCCCCCUCUAGCUUUGUUUGUUAUGAGAGGCAAUAAUUAUGGAUUUUUAAGAGGGAUGAGUCAGACAAUGAUGCUAACAAGACUAUGUAAAGUUAAAAGCUAGCAGGCAGCUAGAUCACUCAGGAAUUAUCAACAUUAGCACCACAAGAAGAUUAAAUGUAAUCUUAGGGAAAAGUCUUUGUUUCUAUUUUGGUGAUGUCCUAUUUCAUUUUUGUCACUAGUUUUGAUUUUAUUUUAAAAUGCUGAGUUAAGUUUGAUUCAUAGUGACAGUUUUAAAGGUUAAAUAAAACCAGCAAAUGUAAAGCACCCUUUGAUUGACGGCGUCACAGAUGUUUUUAGUGCACUUGUUUAUGCAAUACAAAGCCCCCUUAGCUCUAAGCUUAAUGGAAGCUCUGUUAAAAGCCUAUAUUAACCCUUUCAAAUUGGAUUAUAAGGGCAGAGUUUUCAACAGUAUUUAUUGUUAAUUUAGGUUUUAAUCACCCAUUAAAAAAAUUAUCACUAAACCCUUUUUUUUACCAUUUCCUCAGAGUACCUCAAACCUAUAGCAGCUCGUGAGAGGGAAGAAGAAGCUGCAAGGGCCAAAGAGAGAGCAGAGCUUGAGGCAAUCAGGAAAGCUGAAGCUGCUAAAGGUUGGUUAGGUUUUUGA